AUGAAAUCCUUUAUAUGGACUACUUCUCUACUUAUCAUAUGUUUAGCAGUCGAUAUAAUAGGAUGCCUUCAGCCCAAAACGGAAUUUUCAUCGCCAAGUGUUGAUUCGUUGCAGGAAAAAAAUUGUACAACGCCAAAGCCACCCGUGGCAAAUGCCAUGUUGAAGUGGCGACCCGGUUGUAAUAACAACAUUUUUGUACCAGGAGAAAAUGCUGAAUUUGUUUGCAGGGAAGGGUUUCGACAAAUCAGCUGGCUUGAUACAUUAAGGUGCGAAAGAAAUGGAACUUGGAGUUCGAAAUCAUCUGUUGAAGAGUUCAAAUCAAGUAAUAAAGGAAGAUCAAAUCUGUCAGGUAAGCCGAUAGGAAUGACGUUCCUUCUUCAUUGUGGGAAAUCGUUGUUUCAUUUCCAUAUUUUACUUAACAAAUGGCAAAGUUUGCGUACCUGCCGAGAAUAUUUAGGCCUUCGUUCGUUGUUGUUCGUUACUAUUAAGAAAAUUGAAAUCGUUUCGUAAUCAGUUCGGCAUUCCAGAUGUUUAGAAAAAUGAAUCAAUGAAUAAAGUUUUUGGUAAUCUUUUCACUUCCGUUUUGAUUGCUACAAAGCGAUGCUUUCAGCAUGAUUCUGAUUUUAGCUUAAAAUACGAAAGUACGAGGUCUUUUAAUCUUGGAAAAUGUGUGAUCCACCGUCUGUUUUUUUUUUGUCUCGCCCGAAUGAUUCGAAUUGUAUUUAAUCCCGCUAGACAAAAAUAAAUUUAAAUUGGAUAAAAAUUGUAUCAGAAAAUGUACACUAUACUAAUAUGCUAAUGAAGAAAAUAAGUUUUCUCUCCGGCGGAAAGAGGCAUGGGCCGGCAUUGUUUCCACCGGCACGAAAACGUCGAAAACCGUACCAGCUAGUUCACAUAUAAGAACAGUGAACAGGAAUUAAUAUAGUUCACCAAAUCCUCUCGGCAGCCGCUCCGGCACGAUGUGUAGUGCCGUGCGGUACCGUUGCUGUUCAUACUAUUCCUCGUGAUACACCGGAAGCUUUUCGUAGCCUUGCUAUAACUGGAGCUAAAAACGUUCAUUCGCUUUCGUAAUGCCGAGGAUUUGUUUAAAUACCGGGGUUCCACUUAAAAAAUAACAAUAUAAUUGUAAUAUAUAAGAUAUACCAUCAACUGACGUGUUAACAACAGUUCCUGAUUCAGAACUAUGUCCACAUAGACAUUCUUUUCAUGUUUAAUAACGCUGACAAAUCAGGGGCUCUUAAUUACCAAGUGUUUUGAAAUGUGUCAGAAGUGUCUCAGAUGUCAGCAACAGUCCUAUUCAGGACUACGUUCACCCGGACGAUCAAACUCAACCUACUUUUGAAAUAAUGUUAAUGCAUGUAUUGUAUUAUUGACCGUGUUUAAAUAAAGUCAUUCAUUCAUUCGUUGGUUCGUUUGUUCGUUCAUUAAGAAGGUUCAAGGAAUCGUUUUGAUUUUUACACCGAAAUUUUUAAGAGCCAUUUUUGAACAAUAAUCGCAAUAUCUUGGUAAUGAUCAGAAGUGUAACAACAGAAGCUCCGAAAAUCAUAGGCAUAUGUUAGUUUAAAAAAAUCGUUAUAUAGACGAAUGCAACGGUUAUCCUAGCCUGCGUGGCAGGCGUUUGAAAGGGAAGGGAAAGGGAGUUUUGGGCGCGAGGGAAACGCGAGGGGCGCGCGAGGAAGGAGGGAGGAAAACGCCUGCCAGGAAACCAUUGUUUUUCUCGUUAUUAACAUCUACCAGGUGAAUGUUAAAAUCCUGAUUGGUCAAAAUUUGAUAAGAUCUAAAUAGCGUGUUCUAAUUGGUCACCUACAUGUUAUGCAGUAACUUGAGUGUUACCAUUCACAACUAAACAUAUGUCGUUAGUGCACAGGCAGCCCAAGCGCACUAUUUGUGGGUUCGGGCUUCAGAGGUCAUUUGGUCGGAAUAUACUAGAAUUAUUAGUGUAUUAUCUGAUGCCAAAUAAAUGUAAAAAGUCUUAAAGAUAUGAAGUCUUCUUGUUUGUCUAUCUGUACUAGUAGCCUUUAAGAUAACGAAAAUCGAUAUUUCUUGCAUUAUUACAUGUGAUUCGGGCCCUUAUUGUUCGAAUUUUAUCACAUGUAUUCGAAUCUACAACGCUAAGAAAAAAAAAAUCAUGAUCACGCGAAAUAUUGAUUCAAAAAGCUCCCUUACCUUUAGUUCAUAGCCAAUCUGUGUCCUACGGCUGGUCCAAACGCCGUUUAGUCGACUUUCUUUCCAUCGAGUACUGAACACUCUUUUAUAGUGUUCAGUACUCGAUAAUAAUUCUAGUAUAUUCCGACCAAAUGACCUCUGAAGCCCGAACCCACAAAUAGUGCGCUUGGGCUGCCUGUGGUUAGUGAAGCGUGUUGAGAGUUCUCUACGCGAAUUCAUCAUUAGAAGGCAUUUUCAGCCUCAAAGGAGAGUAGGAAAAAGCAGUUAAAGAACCGUAUGAAGGAAAAGGCCUGUCAGCAGAUGAGGUUUACUGACUGGUUCUGAAAAGUAUUAUCCCCCAACGGCUUGUCGGUUUUACUUGCCAGGCGAAAGAAACGAACAUUCAUGCUGCCUGUGUGCUUGUUAUCUGCUGUUUGACCCGCGUUAUCAACGGUAAGAUAAUUGAAGACGAAGCGAUCUAUAACUUUUGGCGAUUUUUGGUCGAGGACUUCUUCUUGCCGGUUAUAAAACCGCCAGGAACUUACUUUAAUAAUAAAUUGUUGCCUUCUUGCAGAUCUUCGAAGUUCAACUCUUCUUUCCUUGCCACCAACGUUCUUUAGUGUGCUCGGCUGGAUCCAGUUCGUCCUGAUAGAAACUCAAAGAGUGCGUGACGGCAAAGUGUUUUAAUUUUUCUUAGGCAAACAUUGCAGUGAAAGUUGCGAGGAGCCGCUACAUUACUUAUUAAAUAGUUUUCUAGUCCGAUUCCUUCAGCAACAACUUGAAUAGAUUUGUGCUGGAUUUUAUGUAACUCGGCACGGGUCGUUGCAACUUUCAAGGAAGAUUCCUUCGAUGGACGACUGCGUUUGAACUUUUUUAUAGUACCUUUACUUUAGAUUGCUUUAGGAAAACAAAAGAAAAACAGUGUGAGAAAUACGACUAGAAUACGUGCAUCGCGGCCAGACUUAUUUGACAGCUAGUCAUUCACAGUUGCGUUAUUUUUGUUAUUUUUUUAAUUAGUAGGCGGGAUGGCGAAAACAAUGGCUUCCUUGCAGGCGUUCCCCUCCUCCCUCCUCCCUCGCGCGUGGUCUCGCGCCCUAAUUCCCUUCCCCUCGCGCCGUAAUUCCCUUCCCCUCGCGCCGUAAUUCCCUUCCCCUUCCCUUUCGAACGCCUGCCACGCAGGCUACGGUUAUCCUGAAACUUUUUGCCUUUCUCUAGCUUAAGAAAUUUCAAUAUGUGCUCCUUCACUUCAAACCUUUAUUUUACUUAAAAAGUCGUUGGCUGCCCUGACAAAUGGCGUCUGUUUUACAGGCUUUUGCGUAACAAAUCAUUGUAAUGACUCUGAAGUAUUUAACUGCAGCGCACACAACGAGACUGUUGAUAUCUGCAAAAGGUGUAACUGUGUUGCUGAUUGCCAUGACGGCAGCGACGAGGCGGAUUGUGGGUCAAUUCUUAUAAAUGUCACGGGACGAGCUACGGGUGAGGUGAAAUACCCGGAAAGCAUAAAUACACCUCACAACAAGAGAGCUGAACGAUGCAGCCAAACGUUAUGGACUGAUGAUUCUGGCUUUUACAUUAAGCUGCUUUUCACAAAGUUUUCCUUUCGUGGCGAUUGCGAGGAAAGCUACCUUUACUUGGAAAAUGCGACGUUUAGUGGCUCUGAAUCACCCGAUUGCUGCAAAAAGAAUGAGGAAGUUGCUUGCGGAUUUGGCGCAAAAUCUGGUGCGCCGCCCUUAUCGCAUUCAGCCAAGAACUUUAUGACCAUAACCAUUAUCGAUGGCUCAAAUUCUGAUUCAUCGGAGUUUACAUCACAGUGGUUCAAUGUUAAUGGACUUUUUCCUCAUGGGGUAGUACCCAAAGACGAUCCUUCUUACUCACACUACAUCAAAAUUAAAAAGCAACGAAGUAAGAAAAUUGAGACUAAGGUGAGUGAUUCAACGUACGUAGCUUCUGUGGUAAUUUUAUCUAUUUUGGCGUUUAUCGUUGUGUCCAUCGUUGCGUGUAAGGUUGGGCAGCGUUUUAUUGGACCGACUUGUAGCUUGGGAUAUUGUCGUGCCUGGAUCGCUGUUAAGAGGCGUCAGCGGUCAGCCUCGCGGGCGACUUCUCCAGAGACGAUCCCCAUAAGAAGGGACGCAUAUAACGAGCAUCCACGGGUAAGGUCCCAGGAAACAGUUCAGGCAAAUCCAAGAGUCCGCUAUGGAAGCACCGAGGACAUUGCCUGA